CCCUCCCCUUCGUCCCUCCCACCGCAUCCUUUCGCAAAUCGCUGGAGAAGCCUCCAAGAGGCGCUUGUUCUUUUUUUUCCCCAUCCCUCCUUCUUCUCCUCUCCACAGCGAGCUCUGGAGGCGCAGCAAGAAGAGAGCAGCGGCAAGGCAGACGGACCGGGCACAUGCAUAGAGAGAGAGAGAAGGAGUGAGAAAGAAAGGGAAAGGGAGGAGGGGACGUUGAGCCAUCUCCCCCUCCUUUCCUCGGCGACCCACUCAAGCAGGGAGCCCCUUUUGCUUGGCUUCCCCUUCCACCCAGACUUUGAAAGUGAUGCUGGGCGAGAAGGGAAGGAGGGAGAGCAGCAGAGGCAGCGAAGGAGCAGAAAGAGGAGGAAGAAGGGAAGGAGGAGGAAGGAGAGAAGGCAAGCUGCCGGCUUCAGCUUCAUCCCGACUUUACGCAGAGAGCGCUGAGUGCUGAGCCCUUCUUGGCGCAUCCUUUGUAGCCUUUCCUUCUUCUCCAAGAGAUCCAUAGAGACCCAGGAAAAGAUUAUUGAAGAAUGAAGGACGAAUGAGGCUACCUUCACUGCUGAAAACUAGUUUGCUUUAAGGUGAAGAAAGAAAUCAUCGGUUUAGGCUUUUUGUUGAACCGUCACAAUGAGAACUUAUCAUUUUUUCUGGAUCCUCUUCUGGGUCAGUCAUCCCUACCAAGGUUCUUCCACGCCGCUAUCCAAAAGAACUAGUGGGUUUCCAGAAAACACAAAGGUUUUGGAUUUAUCUAGAAAUAACAGAAACGUGUUUAAUCGUGCCAAAAGAAGCUGGAUGUGGAAUCAGUUCUUUCUUUUAGAGGAGUACACAGGCUCAGACUACCAAUAUGUUGGCAAGCUUCACUCUGACCAGGACAAAGGAGAUGGUUCACUUAAAUACAUCCUUUCUGGAGAUGGAGCAGGAGACCUUUUCAUUAUCAAUGAAAACACUGGGGAUAUACAGGCUACAAGGAGACUUGACAGGGAAGAGAAGCCGGUUUAUAUUCUUCGAGCUCAGGCUAUCAAUAAAAGGACUGGAAGACCAGUGGAGCCAGAGUCAGAGUUCGUCAUUAAGAUCCAUGACAUCAAUGACAAUGAGCCACUGUUUACAAAGGACAUUUACAAUGCUAGUGUCCCAGAAAUGUCUGAUGUAGGUACAUUUGUCGUGCAAGUCACAGCAACCGAUGCCGAUGACCCUACAUACGGGAACAGCGCAAGAGUGGUCUACAGCAUUCUCCAGGGGCAGCCAUAUUUUUCUGUUGAGUCUGAAUCAGGUAUCAUCAAAACAGCUUUGCUGAACAUGGAUAGAGAAAACAGGGAGCAAUACCAAGUGGUCAUCCAGGCCAAAGACAUGGGCGGACAGAUGGGCGGAUUAUCAGGAACCACCACAGUGAACAUCACGCUGACUGAUGUCAAUGACAACCCACCUCACUUCCCUCAAAGUGCCUACCAAUUCAAAGUCCCAGAAUCUGCACCACUGGAUUCACCAGUUGGAAGGAUAAAGGCUAGUGAUGCUGAUAUCGGUCCGAAUGCAGCGAUGGAAUACAGCAUCAUUGAAGGGGAUGGCUUAGAAAUGUUUGGUGUCAUCACAGACAAGGAGACACAAGAAGGCAUUGUCACCGUGAAAAAGGCUUUGGAUUUUGAGAAGAAGAGACAGUUUACUUUGAAAGUGGAGGCCAGCAAUCCUCAUGUGGACCCCAGAUUCCUGUAUUUGGGACCAUUCAAAGACACAACUACUGUCAGAAUUCAAGUGGAGGAUGUGGAUGAACCUCCUGUGUUCAGUAGGCCAGCCUAUAUACUCGAAGUAAAAGAAGAUGUCCAGAUAAAUGCUGUCAUAGGAACUGUGACCGCCAGAGACCCUGAUAGUGCAAAGAAUCCUAUCAAGUAUUCUGUAGAUCGUCAUACAGAUAUGGACAGAAUAUUCAACAUUGAUUCUGGAAAUGGUUCAAUAUUUACUUCCAAGCUUCUUGACCGGGAAACAGUAUUGUGGCACAACAUUACAGUAAUUGCGUCCGAGAUCAACAACCCUAAAGAAAGCAGCCGAGUCCCAGUGUUUAUUAAAGUUCUGGAUGUGAAUGACAACGCCCCUGAAUUCCCCAUGUUUUACGAGACAUAUGUCUGUGAAAAUGCAAAAGCUGAACAGCUCAUACAGACUCUAAGUGCAGUUGAUAAAGACGAUGCUUUUGGUGGACACAAGUUCUCAUUCUCUUUGGCACCAGAAGUAGCCAGCAGCUCCAAUUUCACGCUUCAGGAUAACAGGGAUAACACAGCUGGGAUCUACACCAAGAGGACCAGAUACAGCAGACAUGAAAUGAAUAUGUACCUCCUGCCUGUGGUCAUCUCAGACAACGAGUACCCAAUUCAGAGCAGCACAGAGACAGUGACAAUUCGAGUAUGUGCCUGUGACCAGAGAGGCAAGAUGCUCUCCUGCAAUGCUGAAGCACUGAUCCACCCAACUGGCCUUAGCACAGGCGCUCUGAUCGCAAUCCUCCUCUGCAUCAUUAUAUUGCUAGUGACAGUGGUGUUGUUUGCAGCCCUGAGACGGCAACGGAAGAAAGAGCCUUUGAUCAUUUCAAAAGAGGACAUCCGAGACAACAUUGUCAGCUACAACGACGAAGGUGGCGGAGAGGAAGACACCCAAGCAUUUGAUAUUGGCACGCUGCGGAAUCCUGAAGCCAUAGAAGACAAUAAAUUGCGCCGAGACAUUGUGCCAGAAACACUUUUUAUGCCACGCCGGACACCGGUGGUUCGCGAUAACACAGAUGUUAGAGAUUUCAUUAGCCAAAGGUUAAAGGAGAACGACACGGAUCCAACAGCACCUCCUUAUGACUCAUUGGCAACAUACGCAUACGAAGGCAAUGGCUCCGUGGCAGAGUCUCUCAGCUCCUUGGAGUCGGUGACUACUGAUGGGGACCAGGACUAUGAUUACCUCAGCGAUUGGGGACCUCGCUUUAAAAAGUUGGCCGAUAUGUAUGGUGGCACAGACAGCGAUAAAGACUCCUAAAAUGUUGCCUUUUUCAGCUCCCAGAAAACAGCAUUGAAAUGUGUGAUGUUGCGAUUUCUUUCUAUUUAUCCACAGUUCUUUGGAAGGGUUCUGUUUGACCAGAUGAAAUUGUUUCUGUGACUGCAGUCUUUGUGGAUCUAAUGUCAUUUCCCCCCGAAAUAUAAUUUGAGCUUCCAAGAGGCAAAUAAUGAGGAAAAACAAACUUUUUUGUGUAUCCUGUUUGCCAAGCAGGCACGAUGGCAAGCAAAUUGAGGAACAAAGGAAAUGGAAUAAUAGUUUUAACUUGUUCUGCUUAUCUUGGAAAUUGGAUUAUCUUUGUGCUAUCAUUCACCAAAUAAUCUUACUGUGUUUUAAUUGUUCUGCUCAGACAUGUCUUUUGCAGACUAUGUAUGAAACACCUCAUUGUAAGGGUCUAUUGUGGCUCUCCUUAAUGAUUACAGUAAAAAAGAGAAGGGAUAGCUCUUUUUAAAGCUACAACCAGUCAAUAAGGAAAUGAGAUAUUUAAAAGAUUUAAAGCCCAUUCAAAUAGUAGCAUUAAUCCUGAAUUAGUCAUUUUCCUGGAAGUAUUAAUCCAUUCUAAGGGGUGGACAAUCAAGAGUAGAGA